CACUCCGAACGCGCAGGCGACUGGUUCGAGCUUUCAAGACCCUCUUCGUGAGAAGACCAUCUAAAGGGAAAAACAAAACCAAAGCACACCAAAUACCUAUACAAUUUGUACAAAUUUUAAAGGAUUUUUAGUGGCCCGUUUGCCAGUCAACGCCUUCCGUGCGGUUUAGUUUUGUUUCGGACUCUCGCCACCGGAAACAAUUUUGGUGUGAGAAUUUGCAUAAAGUUGCCUCGCAAAAACAACUAAAGCGUCAAAGCGAAACCUUAAACAAACCGACUUGAAGCCCCUGGGCAGUUUUUCAGUUUUCAAAGUGCGUGAGAAAUUCCCUGGGAGAGGGACAAACCGAGCCGAUUGUGUGCCGUGAUUUUAUAUAACACCUGCGAAAUCCUUUCCAAAAACCUUAGCUUCGACCUCAGAUUCGAUUUCGAUUUUGGCUUUAACCUUCGCCCCUCAACCACCCACGCGCUAACAUCCGAAAUGCAGCCCCUAAAGCGAUUCACACAGUGCGGCAGCCUGACCAUGCUCUUUGGCGUCUUCAUCAUCCUCUUCGGGGUCAGCUCCACGGCAUUGACCACCUUCGGAAAGACCAAUAAUGGGCCGCCGCCCACGCAUAUGCCUAUUGUCAAAGGACGCGAAUGCAAUGCCCAUGAUGACUGUACAGCGAUAGAUCGCACCAGCUGUGUUAAGGACCCCAAUGACUACAAAAUGCGUUGCCUCUGCGGCGAUGAUUCGGCACCCUCGGCUGGAAACUGUCCGGAUGUUCUCAAAGGACUGCGUCACAAGUGCAACAGCAACAACGACUGUGAGGACGGAAUGGUAUGCCAGUAUGAGAACAGCAACCGCACCAUCGGCGUCUCCAAGUUUAUGUCGAGCAAGACCAAAUUGUGCCUCUGUGACAAUGACAACGGCUACGUGGAGGAUAUACUCCACGACAUCUGCAGUGGAGCCAAUCUUCAGGUUCUGGUCAAUAUGUUGAUGACGAUCUGCUCGCUGCUGGCGCCCUUCGUGGUGUCCGCCCACAUGCGGAAACAUUUCUAGAAGCCGGAAGGACGGGACUUACGACGAAUCGAAUCGAAGCUUGGCGUUUAUCUCCCUUUAGUGAUCCAUCAAAUGUGCCUCAGUAAAACCAAUAAAAAGAUGAAGAUCAUAUCCCCCAUCGCCCUCACCCAAUGAAUAGAAAAAGAAGAAGGAAGGAAGGACAGAAUUAGUUACAAUCGCCAUUAGCCUAAAGGUCGUUCUAUUGUAUAAGUUUCAUAUAUACCACCGUCAAUUUUAUUCGCUUCUCACCCAAAGUCGCGUUAUACAAUACGAUAUACAGAACAAUAUACAUAUAUAUUAUCUGAUAAAGGUUUUCUAUAGAUAUCCCUAACCAAUCCCUAGUGUGUAUUCCUUAAAUUUGUAAAA